AUGCGUGUUCUGAAAGCCCGUGCAGCGCUUCUAUCUGACUAUGAAGUCCUGCAGCUCAUACGCGAGAACGAGGCUGAGCAGCGCAAUGAUGCGCGAAAUCGGAAAGAGCAGUUAGACACUGAUAUGGACGUGCCGUCGAAUUUGCGUACGAUGCAAUUUGAGAUGAUUUCUGCCCUCUCACAACCAUAUAGGCCGUGUGCAUUCCAACGUGCCGAGCAAAUCCGUGCGUUCCUCGACGAUUUAAAUGCGCGUGGCUACGUGAUUCCUGACGACCGAGUUCUGGCAGGCGAGCCUGGACUGACGAAAACUGAGCGACUACAGCUGGUGAAUCAUGCUCCCUCCAGUGUGGUAGAGCUACAUACGCUCGUGGAAGAGCUCGGUCAGCGGAUGAAUGAUGACCAGAUCGCAGAGAUCCUGCAAUGCGUGACGACAAAUCUUCCAAUCACCGACGCAGCAGUCACUAUGGCUGAUUCUGCAGUGACAGAGACCGAUGCCGAUACUGGUGCUGGCGCCGCAUCACAUCAAAUGGAAGAAGAGUCACAUGCCAUUGACGAAGACAUGACUAUGAAUGAAGCAGAGAUGGAAGCAGCAGAAGACGCUUUUCCUGAGGAGGAAUUUGAGCACGAAGAACCAGGUGCUGGAAUGGAUCAAGACGGUGGUGAAGACGACUGA